GUGGGAGAUAUCCGGUUUGUAAUAGAAGAGAAGACUGUAUUAUCCCCAUCAAAACAAUGUUAGAUAAAAUACGAAGUUUCUAAAGAAUUUGAAAUAGGAUGGUGAUGAUAUUUAUUAGACAUGGAUCAAGAAACUGGCAGUGUCGUAAAGAAAUCGCCACCACACGAUUCUGCUGUUAAUGUUGCAGAGAAUUCAGCAGAGAAUGGUGAGCCACAUAAUUCAAAUAUCGCAUGUAAUUCAACUCAGGUAGCUCCCAUCUCUUCUGGAAAUACCCAAGAUACUAAAGCUUCUGGAAGCGAUACACAAUCAGAAACACUAACUGAUAACUCAACGUGUCAGGUGGGCAAUAUAUCUGCAUCAGCUAUAGAAAAUAAAGAUGAAAAACUAAAUGAUUCGUCCAAUUUAGUGCUAACAGAUACAAAUGAGGAAACCAACCAAGAAUCUGAUGGACAAAUAAAUAUAGAGACUGCCCAGUCUGAUACAGAAAUCAUUUCUGCCAAGCAACCUAAACUAGACGAGCUGUCACCUGAUCAAGCUAUUCCAGCAGACCUACCUUCAGUAAAGUCAGUGGAUGAGUCUGAAAAUGAAGUUAAAAGUGAUACAGCUAGCGGUGGUGUCGAAAGUUCGAAGACAGAGAAAUCAGAGAACGGACAAAAUACGUAUUAUAUAAAAUGGAUCAAUUUUAAUAAUAACCAAGUGCCCAUUAUAACUCAGAAUGAAAAUGGUCCCUGUCCAUUACUGGCCAUUGUGAAUGUUUUGUUAUUGAAAGGAAGUUUAAAGCUACCCCAGAUGAUUGAAAUGAUAACAAGUGAACAACUUAUGACAUAUUUAGGAGAUUAUAUCUUUGAAAAUAAACCUAAGAAUCUGUCAGAAAAUAUUCAAGCCAACUAUGAGCAGAAUAUGCAGGAUGGUAUUAAUAUUAUGUGUAAACUACAAACUGGACUGGAUGUUAAUGUGAAAUUUAAUGGUGUGGACGAUUUUGAAUAUACUCCAGAAUGUAUUAUUUUUGAUCUGCUAGAAAUUCCUUUAUAUCAUGGUUGGUUGGUAGAUCCACAAGAUUCAAAGUGUGUAGAGGCCAUUGGUAAACUGAGUUAUAAUCAGGUAGUAGAAAAAAUCAUCACUCAGAAAAGCUCAGACAAGGAAGAAGAUGCCCGAGAAGCACUUGUAGCUGAACAGUUUUUAGAACGAUCUGCUUCUCAACUCACGUAUCAUGGUAUAUGUGAACUAUGUCAUACAGUUAAAGAUAAUCAACUCUGUGUCUUCUUCAGAAAUAAUCAUUUUACAACUUUAUUUAAGCACAAUCAAGAACUAUUUAUGUUGGUAACAGAUCAAGGAUUUUUAACAGAAACCAAUGUUGUAUGGGAAACUUUAUCUAAUGUUGAAGGAGACUGCCAUUUUGUAGAUAGUAAUUUUAGAACAUAUACCAAACCGGAGCCAUCCACUCAUCCUAUACCACCACCUAAUGUAGAAAUUGGAAGUGAAGAACAAAUAGAUCAUGAUUACCUGGUAGCUUUGUCUUUACAACAAGAUCCACCAUUAGCUGAAUCUGAAGCCACUGCUUGGGCAAGUUAUGAGAAAGAUAGUGCAACUAUUGCUCAGAAGGAUCAUGAGUUUGCAAAGAGAUUACAAGAAGAAGAAGAUCGUAGAGCUGCAGCUGAAGAAGCUGCACAUCAACAGAGAGCAGCACCUCCCUCUCAACCUGGUCCUAGUCAACCUUCCAUUCCACGUCGUAAUAGAGAUAGAGAUAGAGAAAAACAAAAAGAUAAAGAUAAUUGUGUAAUAUUAUAAGAAUGAAGAUGAUGGUGAAAUGUUCGGAUGUGCAGUAAUGUUACUUAUAUGUAAUUUUAGGAUAUAAUCUGAUAUUUGAGCAACCACAAAACUUUCUCAUAGUGAAUAACCUAUUCCAGAUUUAAUAAGUUUUUGAAGUAAGUCAUACUUAAGGAUUUAUGAUUGUAUUAACUUAAAUUCUCCUUCACAAGUCGAGAUAAUCCAAUCUCCUUAACAAGUCAUGAUAAGGCAGUCUCCUUAACAUGUUGUGAUAAGACGAUCUCCUUAACGAGUCGUGAUAAUGCAAUCACCUUAGCAAGACAGUCUCCAUAUUUUCUUCUUUCAUUUUUGUUGUAAACAGAUUUUUGGCAAGAAAGUGCGAGUUAAUUGUGCAUAUGCCAUUUUAUAUGCAUGAUCAUUGCAUUAUUGGCAAAUGAUCUAAUCCACAGAAGAAUCUUGUUAAUAACACUUAAGACCAAAAAACAUUACUGAAGCACAUUACGGUACACACUCUCUCAACACAGAUCAAUCCUGUUUUUUAGCCGUUAAUAUAACUUGUUUAUACAAUUAAUGGUAUACAGCCGUUUAGUGGAUGUGCUCAUAAAUUUGUUGUAUAUAAGUUUGAGAAAUUUUGUACUUCAUUAAUCAAAAGAUUUCAUUAUGUAACUUGUUAUAUAUAUUUGUAUGAUCCUCUAAGGAUGUACAUAUUAAUAAUUAGAUUUUUAUCUGGUUGUAUACUAUUAUUAGGUUAUAUUGAAAUGGUAUAAAUAUAAUAUUACUUAUUAUUAUUGUUUUUGUCUGGAAGUGUUUAAACCUUAAUCAUUGAAUGUUGGUCAGUUUACUGGAUCAAAGUUGUUAAUUGCUAUUUAGUUUCUUCAAGUCUAUUUAACAACCAGUAUAUAUUAUUCUUCUCCCACUUCAUUGUAUAUUAUUUUUUAUUUUUUUGUUGUAUUUUUUCAUAUUAUAUAACAUAGUAUCUGUACAUUCUACAUGCCUCAUGUUCUACAGAUAGUUGGCUCAUUGUUCGCACAAGAUCAAAUACAAAAACGUCUUUCUACAUUUUGGCGUUUUUAUUUGAUAAUUUUAGUCCAUAUCUUUAAAUGCACCUUAAGUCCCAGAAAAAGAGUUCUAAAGAACCAAAAAUAUGGUUACUUUUUAAAUUAUGUAAAUUUUGUCUAUGAAUAUUCCGCCCAUUGCGGGUGGUCGGAUGAUCAUGUGUAGAUCAUGAGGUAUGUAGCUGUAAUGUAAUUAUUUUGCUAUAAAUUUGUUGAUAUUGACUUGAAUUAAGUCUUGUUAAACAGUUUACAUUGAAAAAUCACACUUGAAGAAUUGCAUUAAUAGAAACUGGCAGAAAUAUUGCAUUUUAAUCAUAUUUGAUAUAAUCAUUAAAUUCCUAAAUAAUAAUUUGUGGAUAGAAGAAACUAGUAUUAGUUAUUUGCUCCCAUUUUGAUUCAAACUUUUGUUCAAUACUUUGAUGUGUUUUAAAAACCUAUUGUUGGUUGAUCUCUGUAAUGAUGUGUAUGUCCUGCAUUUUGUUAUGGUAUAUAUUUGAGAGAAUUGGAAUAACGUUCAAUAACCUCCAGUAAUUAUAUUAUCAUUAAUUUUUACUGUAAAAAUCUCAACCAUUUCAACAAGUAGACUGAAAAAAAAGAAGCUUGCUUGCAAUGAUAGAUUUUUCAACAAAAUUGCAAAAUAAAAAGUCUAUUAACUCUUUUCUCCAAAAAGAUAAUUUCCAUGCUAUAUCACUGAUGGAACCACAUACACAAGAAACCUUAAAAUGUACUGAGUUAUAAAAUAGUUUUAAUUGUGCUUGCUAAAACAAAUAAUCCUGGAUAAAUUUGCUUUCAGAAUAUAUAACCCAAAUUUUUAUGAUCUUUCUGGUUUUCAUUUAUUACUACGAUCAGUCAUUAUCAAAACAUGUUUUAAUAAGAUGGUUCUUGUCGCAGUUUAAUAAUACAGUUCCUCCAUAACAGUUUUACACUUAGGCUGCCAUUAUUUUUUAGUAGCUACUGUGUAGUGAAAUUUUCUAAAUAAAAACACUUACAGUGAUUUUCUACCACUUCACAAAGAUAAAUAUCUAUCUACUAUCGACCAUGCGAUUUGAUUGGCUUUUAAAGAUCAUUUAUUGAUUGGUUCACAUAGUCAGUUGAAAGCAGAUCAGUUGACAUCAGCUACUGGAUGAAUUUGGUGUAAAUCUGAGCCACUCACAGUGCCUUAUGGUACUGAAAGAAUUAAAGGACAUGAUAUUCCUAAAAUAAAGCUUAAAAACCCAUUGUUUCAGGAAUUUGAAUUUACCCUAGCCAGUGAACAAAAUUUUGUUAAAAUUUAUUAAAGUUUUUAAUGGAUAUUUGUUGAUUUUGAAGUGCCUCAAUUGAUAUGCAUGUACAUUGUAAAUAUAUGGUCCACUUUCCUUAUUCCAAAAUCUCCCAUCUCUAAAAACCAGUUCCUUGGGUUAAAAUAAAAAAAAAGCUCUCAAUAUUUUUGCCACCCGCCUUUCGAAGAAAGCAGGGGACUAUUAAAAUGGGUUCGUCUGUCCGUCACACUUUUUGGGACACAAUAACUCUCCUAAUUGAGCUAGAAUGUUCAAAUUUUGUGUAGGUGUUUAUUAGGUCAAUGCCUUGAUGGAGUUCGAUAAUGAGCAUUUUCUUGUCAGGGUAAGCAGAGUGAUAAGCAAUUUGAUUGGUCGAGACUUUGGAACACAAUAACUCUCAUUCUAAUUGAGUUAGAAUGUUCACACUUGGCGUAGGUGUCAAUUAGGUGAAUGCCUUGAUGGAGUUUGAGGAUGGGAAUUUUCUGCUUAGGGUAAGCAGAGAUAAGCAGUUUGAUUGUGCAGAAUGAUAAGCAAUUUGAUUGGUCGAGACUUUGGAACACAAUAACUCUUCUUCUAAUUGAGGUAGAAUGCUCAAACUUGGUGUAGGUGUCUAUUAGGUGAAUGGUUAAGCUUUAUGUAGAUGUUCAUUAGGCGAAUGUCUUGACUGAGUUCAAUGAUUAACAUUUCGAGCUAAAGCUAAGCAGAGCUAAUCGAUUUCAUUUGUCGAUGGUUUGGGACAAGAUAAUCUUGAUUCUAUCUGAUAGAGAGUGAUGAAAUUUGGUGGAAAAAAAAUAAUUGUGCGAUUAAUUAAUAUGUGUCAUCUAAUUAUUUUGCAAUUUCGGCGGGGGACAUCAGCCUCACUGUUGGCUUGUUUAAUUAGCUAUAGAUUGAUUACAGUAGUGCCUAUUUAACUAUAUUGCUAAGUUUUUAUAAUAAAUUCUACUUCAAAGUAAGGAAAGUGUGCCUUUCAUUUGUAUGAAAUGAUUGUAUAUAAUUUCAUUAUUUGCAAUUCUCUUGUUAAAUUUAUUAAUUUAGUGAUAUACACAAAGUAUAAUGAUUGUAGACCUUUUUUUAAUGCGCUCAAAAAUAUGUAAAUAUUAAAUGUGUUGAUUUUACAUCAGUAUAAUGUUAUCUAUUUGACUUUGAAAAAAUUGUAAAUGUAGAAAUCGACUGGAAGCUUAGAAUUAUUUGGUUCAGGUUGGAUAAACAGUCAAACUAUG